AUGCCGUCCGCAGAUCUGGACAAGCAGCGCGUUGCGGACCAACUUCAAGGUCGACCUCAAGACGGCCCAGUCUCGUCCGCAAGCUCAACGUAUCGAGCGAUCAAGCUUGGUCUCCUCGCUAUCCUCCUUGCGCCGAUCUUGCUCAACCUGCGGUGGUUGCUGAGCGCCUUCGGCCCAGGCUCACGCAUGCCUGCCUUUUGGGUACGAAACUCGACAUCGAGCCAGACAGAAUGCUUCAACGUCCGUGGCGGGCCUUCUUUCCGCUUUUGCGAAGACAUCGAGUUCAUCCCUCGCGGCGACGGCGAGACGGCGACGGCGCUCAUCAGCUGUGAUGCGGGCCGAGCGCAGUGGAACACCGUCAUGGGUCCCCUGACCGAUCCCUUACCUCGUGGUCAGCUGUUCACAUACACCUACCCCACAUCGCCCUCCUCACCACGAGCAGGCGCUGUGCCGGUGGACCUGGUGGACUUCCCCCCGAACAGCACAUUUCACCCACUCGGCCUGUCCGUCCACCGCACCUCGACGGGAUUGACCCUGUUCGUGGUGAACCAUCGCAGCGAGUCUUCGAGCGUGGAGCUCUUCCGCCUGUCCCCGCCUUCGGGGGAGGGAAGGUGGCAGGCGAGGUGGCAAAGAAGCAUCGUGCAUCCGCUCGCAACGCACACGCCCAACUCGAUUCACGCGCUCGACGGGUCCAGCUUUGUGAUCAGCAACGACCACCUGUUCGCGCGGCGUCCGGGCCCAUGGAGUACACAUCUGGUGCCGCUGCUUGAGCACGUUCUGCCCCGCGUCACUCCGAGCUGGGUGCUUCGGCGCUUGGCGAGACCGGCGAGCGUGCGAUGGGUGGCAGCGCGACUAGCACAAGCGGAAACGCUGCUCGGUCUGCCAUUGGGCUGGGUGAGUCACGUUCACUUCUCCCUCGACGGCGACGAGGGCGAAGUCGUCGACGCGAGGGUCGUAGCGAAAGGCGUGCCCUUCGCAAACGGUCUCGUCGUCACCCAUGACACUCUCAUCGUCGCCUCGACAACCUACCCAGGCGUUUUCAUGUACGACAUCCACCCCAACUGGAACCUGCAGCUGCGCACAAAGGUCCAUCUGCCGUUUCGUCCUGACAACCUCGCUCUCUCCACCGGAAAGGGAGAAGAAAUGCUGCUGGCAACGGGUCAUCCGGCACCGUUCAAACUCAUGGCUAUGGCCCGCGACCCGAUGAGGAGGACCAGUCCGAGUUGGAGCGUCGGCAUUCGCCCCUCAGCUGGCAAGGAGAGGGUCGACGACGCCCCGCUACCGUCACAGCAGAUGAGCCUGUCGAGUAGCGAAGAGUGGAAUGUGAGGACGCUGUUCCAGACGACAGGGGAGCCGGUGGUCAUGGGUAAAGAAGAGGUGCGACUGGCCAGCAGCGCGAGUUCCUACUAUCAUACGUACGAGGAGGACGGAACUGGGACACUGUUGGUCUCGGGCCUCUAUGACGGGGUGCUCGCUUGUACAGGUGUGUCAACCUAG